GUCGGGUUUCAAUACGGUCAAGUCAUAAAUUGAAUAGCUCCAGUGAGGAAUUUGUUUACUCUAUCGACUGAGACGCAGCGGAACAACGGCGACGAAGGAGAAUCAGAAGAAGAAGAAACGAAGCUGCGAAUCUUCGCAUUAGUAAGGCAUCGAUGUCUGCUAACAACAACAAUCCACAGAAGCCUCAACAAGGCUCUGCGCCUUCACCAUUCGGCGUAAACCCUGGGAUGGCCUCUGCAUCUGUCCCCGGAAACCAAGGCUUUACUCAGUCUCACAUGGCACCUAACUUUCCAGCUCAGUUUCAAUUCUCACAAGCCCAGGCCAUGGCCCAUGCUCAAGCCCAAGCCCAGUCUAAAGCCCAAGCACAGUUCCAAGCUCAGAUGCAAGCAGGGAUGACGAUGAACCAAGGGCAAGGCUCCCAGGGGAUUGGUGGUGUGUUGGGUUCAUCUUCUCCUUCCAUGACUCCUGGUAGCUUGAACAUGAAGAGGUUCCAGCAGAGGCCGCCGAUGCGGCCUCCUUCUGGUUUCCCCGCGAGUAACAACACUGUCUCCCCCAUGAGAACGAUGGAGUUAACUCCCGCGGCGAGGAAGAAGAAAAUGAAGCUUCCUGAGAAGUCGUUGCAGGAGAGGGUGGCAGCAAUCUUGCCUGAGUCUGCGUUGUACACGCAGCUUCUUGAGUUUGAGUCAAGGGUUGAUGCUGCUUUGAGUAGAAAGAAAGUUGACAUCCAGGAGGCUCUUAAGAACCCUCCUUGCACUCAGAAGACGCUUAGGAUCUAUGUGUUCAACUCGUUUGCGAACCAAAACAACACCAUCCCUGGGAAUCCAAAUGCCGACCCGCCGACAUGGACUCUUAAGAUUGUUGGUAGGAUCCUGGAAGAUGGGGUGGAUCCGGACCAGCCAGGUUUUGUUCAGCAAGCGAACCCAUCGCAUCCAAAAUUCUCAUCUUUCUUCAAGAAGGUAAUAGUUAACCUGGACCAGAGGCUGUAUCCUGAGAACUCGGCGAUCACAUGGGAGAGUGCUAGAUCACCUGCUCCCCAGGAAGGGUUUGAGAUAAAGAGGAAAGGGAAUCAGGAGUUUGCAGCUACUAUUCGGUUGGAGAUGAACUACGUCCCUGAGAAGUUCAAGCUCUCUACUGCAUUGAUGGAUGUUCUCGGGAUUGAGGUUGAGACAAGACCAAGAAUCAUCUCUGCGAUAUGGCAUUACGUUAAGGCGAGGAAGCUACAGAACCCAAAUGAUCCUUCUUUCUUCAACUGCGACGCUGCACUUCACAAAGUGUUUGGGGAAGAGAAGGUGAAGUUCACAAUGGUUUCUCAGAAGAUAUCUCAUCACUUGUCGCCUCCACCGCCGAUUCACUUGGAACACAAGAUCAAGCUGUCGGGAAACAACCCGGCUAUAUCGGCAUGUUACGAUGUCCUGGUGGAUGUACCGUUUCCGAUUCAGAGGGAUCUGAACAACCUGUUGGCCAACGCGGAGAAGAAUAAAGAGAUUGAGGCUUGUGAUGAAGCUAUAUGUGCUGCCAUAAGGAAAAUCCAUGAGCAUAGGAGGAGACGUGCGUUUUUCUUGGGAUUCAGCCAGUCGCCAGUUGAGUUCAUAAACGCACUGAUCGAAUCUCAGAGCAAGGAUCUGAAGGUGGUAGCGGGAGAAGCUAGUCGAAAUGCUGAGAAAGAACGUCGAGCAGACUUCUUCAACCAACCUUGGGUUGAAGAUGCAGUUAUACGUUACUUGAACCGGAAGCCAGCAGCUGGGAACGAAGGACCAGGGACCUGGUGAGUAUCUGCAGGUACCUUACCAUCAAGUCUAAAGAACAAAAAAUUGUUUUAGGAGCAAUCUGGUUUAUUUGUAAUUUCUUGUAUGAUGAAACCUUAGUACUUCAUAAUUUAGCUUUGAUUUGUAGCUACUUUGGUUGAUUCUUAAUUAUACUUUUGAUAAUAAGCCGAACUAAUAUAUAUAAUCUUAUCAUAC